GAGAUCAAGGUCAGACUGGUUUAUGUGGGCCUUAUCGUGUGCCAAAGUAUGAUGUGCGCAUUUGUGCGAUUGGUGACGUGGAUGAGUCUAACGCCUUGUGUGGCCAGGCGUGUUUUCUUGCAAAGGAUAACAAUUUAGAAAUUGCACGUUUAUUAGAGCACGUUCAGCAUGAUUUAUUUGAUUUAGGAGCAGACUUAGCUCAACCUAUUAAAGAGGGUGAAGAGGAAGGACAAAAGCUUCGCAUCCAGGUGUCUCAAGUAGAGGCGUUGGAGCAGCAAAUUGACCACUUUAAUGAGAACCUGCACCCUCUUCAGUCUUUUAUUCUUCCGGGAGGAGGGCAACUUGCAGUUUCUUUGCAUAUGGCACGUUCUGUCGUGCGCCGUGCAGAAAGGUCUGUCAGUUUAUGCACUCAGACAGAAACCUUAAAUCCAGAAGUGCUUCGGUAUUUGAAUCGUUUGUCAGACCUGUUAUUUGUGUUAGCGCGUGCUGCAAACCAGAAUGGGCAAAAAGACGUUUUGUGGAAGCCUGGAAAAAAUCGUUAG